ACGUCUUGAUGGCCGCAGCCGCGCAAAAACCACCGGGCAUCGGCGCACGAACGCCGCAUGCUCCCUCACCACCACCUCCUUCUCCUUCUUCUUCUCCAACUCCAACUCCAAAGUCCAAUCCCCCCCUGCUCGCCCAACCCCCAUUUCCCCCAAUCCGAUUCCUGCUCCCACCCACCGCGCUCCCCCAAUGGUGACGCCGGCCGCCUCCUUCUCCGCCGCGCUCGCCGUCGAGGACUUCCCGUGGGUCGACAGGGAGGAGGAGAUGGGGAUGACACCGGACAAGUUCCGCGAGGUGUUCGACCUCGCGCAGCGCGGCGCCCGCGCCUUCCGGGAGCGCCGCUACGACGAGGCCAUUUCCUUCUAUUCUAAAGCUCAAAACUUGAGAUCGGGAGAUCCUGUUAUCCUUAGCAAUCGAUGUUCUGCUUUCUGUUUGAUAAGUCAAGUGUUGAGGGAACGAUCCGCAGCUGACUCAGAGUAUCAGCCACUGAAUGGCCUUGAUCCCACAACUCAUGCAGAGUUAGCUCUGAAGGAUGCAGAGAAGGUAUUAACUAUCCACAGUAAUUCUCCGAAAGCAUAUCUUCUCAAGGCAUAUGCCCUUAUUCUGCUGGAGCGAUACCACGAGGCACGUGAGUCCCUUCUUGCUGGUCUUCAAGUCGAUCCCCUCAGCCAUAUUUUACAGAUCUGUCUCAGUGAUCUGGAUAGAAAUACAAAUGCUGCCGCUGGAGCAAGACGGCCAAGGUUAGAUAGGACUGAUGAUUUUGAGUGCACAUUAUGUUUUAAGCUAUUGUUUGAACCAGUCACCACUCCAUGUGGGCACUCAUUUUGCCGCUCUUGUUUGCAUCAAUCAAUGGAUCACGGCAACAAGUGCCCCAUGUGUCGGACAGUUCUAUUUAUUGGUCCAAGAACUUAUCCUAUAAGUGUAACAUUGAACAACGUAAUUCAGAGAAACUUCCCUGAAGAAUAUGCUGAGAGGAGAUUAGAGCAUGAAACUACAACAUAUGCAGGCGUGGAUUUGAUGCCUCUCUUUGUUAUGGAUGUCGUAUUACCCUGCCAAAAGAUGGCAUUGAACAUAUUUGAACCUCGCUACAGGCUGAUGGUAAGGAGGGUAAUGGAAGGGAAUCAUCGAAUGGGAAUGGUUGCUAUUGAUUCUGCGACUGGUACUGUAGCCGACUGUGGAUGUGAGGUGGAAAUUCUAGAGUGUGAGCCACUUCCAGAUGGCCGUUUUUAUCUAGAGGUGGAAGGUUCACGGAGGUUUCGUAUCUUGCGAUCAUGGGAUGAAGAUGGGUACCGAGUUGCUGAAAUUGAAUGGUUCAAAGAUGUUUCUCUACCUGAAGGAUCACAAGAGAGAAAAGAUCUAAUCGAAAGGACCAAUGAAGCUUCAGAACUGGCCAGGACGUACAUUAGGCGUGCUAGAGAAACCACAAGGACUGUUAGGCGGACAAGACAUUUUGAUCUCGAGAGCAUGCCUGGACCACAGGACCCUGAAAAGUUCAGUUUCUGGCUUGUCAACUUGAUUAAUUUGAGGCCAUCAGACAAGUUAGACCUAUUACGCCUCCGUGAUACUCGAGAACGAAUAUCUCGUAGCCUUAGAUUAUUGGGUGAUGCAGAACAAGGUUGUCGUGUACAGUAAAAGAUUAUAUUUGUCACACAAGCAUUAUAGCUUAGAGUCAAUUUAUUCAUCAGGAGAAACAUUGACUAACGAUGUAGAUUUGUAAUAUUCUUUUACAUAAUAUGCUACUAUUGAAAUUUUACGAUUUUGUAUAUUAUUUUUAAAAUCCUACGUAAUUAACUAUAUAAUGUAGAAAUGGUUCUUAUUCA